AGUCCGCAUCCUUCUCGUCCUCCUGCAUCACCCUAUGCGUUUCUCAGCUCAGCUGUAGUUUCCGGCGAGUUCAUAUAAGAGGAGGAGAGAUGCAGCAGAGGAAAUUGGGGAGGCCUUCUGGAACUGAUGGUUCUGAUUUCUCCUAUCGCAUGGUUGUUGAUUCUAGGUAUACAAAAGUAGCUAAGGGAAAGUCUCAUCUCUAUCCACUGAUCGUUAUCCAGGCUCUCGUUCAAUUGAUAGGAUUACUCACCGCUCUUUCAUAUUCAAAAGAUCAUGAUCCCAAUAGAGUUGCUAUUUCCUCUAUUGUUGUUGGUUUUAUUUCUUUGCUAAUUGGAGAAAUAGGUAGAAGGCGCAGUCGAGCAACUUUAUUGAGGGUUUACAUUAUUGCAUCAUCUGCUGCAGUAUUACUUUCAGUCUUUUGUGUCAUCAGGAGCAGUCCAAUGUUAGCGGUGAUCCAGAACCCAUCUGACUGGAAAGCAAAGAAAAUUGAAGUUAUUGAGAUUGCUCGCAUUUUGGUUGGAUUGCUGGUGCAGAUAUUUUCGAUCAGCAUCACAGUUUCUCUCAUUGGUAACAUGUCUCCUCCCAAGAAAGCUUCUUAGCGACUAGUUUUCGAUUUACUUUCUGCAAAAAAUCCUACAAGGGGAAAUCAUCUUUGCCGUUUUACCCCUUUCUUUUUUCAGUAACUUGAUUUUGUGCAUCUUUGAGUUAUAUCGAAUUAUAGAGAAUUCAUGAUCCAUAACCCAAGUAAUAUUGGGAAUGAAUCGGAUAUCUUGUGUGGCAUAAUGACAUUGAUAUGGGAGCAUGGAGGCCCUGAACAUGGUUUUUUUUUUCUUGCGUUCUCAGAAUAACAUCUCUAAUUCUAACCU